AUGGUUGACGCCACUACCCCCGCUACCCCUCCUGCUGUUCACCAAGCUGGUGGCGGUCAACCUAGUGGAGAGCAACACCGGAUCAAGAAUAUAAAUGCGUCUCUGCUCAAACACCUCGAGCAGGUCUUUAAUCGGCACGCUGGCACUCGAAAGACGUGGACCAAGGAUCAAGUCAUUGCCUUUUUGCACCAUGUCCAGGCCGACAGGGUCAACGAUCCCUCGGGAGACAUUGCGGCCAAGGAGGAGCUGGACUUGAAUGGGUUUCUGCAAUACAUGACCUCUCCCGCCGCAGACGCGCUGGCCCCGCCCCUGGAUGAGGAUUUCUCUUGGCCACUGAGCAGCUACUUUAUCAGCUCAAGCCACAAUACAUAUCUGACGGGCAACCAGCUCUAUAGCGAUUCCAGUACAGAUGCCUACAAGAAUGUUCUUCUUCGCGGCUGUCGGUGCAUAGAGAUUGACGUUUGGGACGGUGACGACUCUGACUCUGAGACUUCUGACAGUGAAAGCAGUGAUGAGGAGUACACGGAGAAAAAGGCAAUCAAAAAGGCCAGUCGCAAGGAACAGCUGGCCAAGAAGAUUCCAGGAUCAAUCACUAGUCGUCUGGAGAAUACAUCGCUGGGCAGAAAGCUUGAAAAGUAUACCAGUAGCGACAAGCAACUAGACACGGCCAGCACCGACUCGGUCUCGAUACAAGGCGAGGCCAAGGGCUCCGACACGUCACUCAAACCUACCGUGUCUGGUCCGCAAGCCGUCGCGGUCGAGCCCAGGGUACUUCAUGGCUAUACGUUGACCAAGGAGGUUUCCUUUCGCUCAGUCUGCGAGGCUAUUCGGGAUAAUGCUUUUACCGUGUCCAGUCUGCCACUCAUUGUCAGUCUCGAGGUUCAUUGUUCUGCACAGCAGCAAGAAGCCAUGGUCAAUAUCAUGAACCAGGUUUGGUCUGACUUUCUCCUGGCUCCACCACCUGCCGACGCCAAGAUCCUGCCAGCACCAAGUGAUUUGCAUCACAAGAUUCUGGUCAAGGUCAAGUAUGCGCCACCCGGACACACUGGAGGAACCACGGCACCCGACGAAUCCCGCUUGCCCCCCGAGGCUCAAGCCACGAGCGCUGCUGCUCCCAAGAAGAAGAAGAAGCCCUCCAAGAUUAUUGACGCCCUCAGUCAGUUUGGUAUUUACACUCGCGGCGUCUCGUUCAAGUCGCUCAGUCAACCGGAAGCGCAAAUGCCAUCUCACAUAUUUUCCCUGUCAGAAAAUGGCGUCCUGGAAGUUCACGAAAAGCAGGCCCCCGAUCUGUUCAAGCACAAUCAAAAUUACAUGAUGCGAACGUAUCCCUCUGGCAUGCGUAUUGGUUCCUCUAAUCUUGAUCCUCCAGAGUUUUGGAGAAAGGGUAUUCAAAUUGUCGCAUUAAACUGGCAAAAGUGGGACGAGGGAAUGAUGAUCAACGAAGGCAUGUUUGCAGGCACCGGCGGUUAUGUGCUCAAGCCCGAAGGCUAUCGUGGCAAAAAGCCACUGGCAACAAGCGACGAAAAGCCUGCCCCCAUCACAAGUGGCGAGAUAAUCACGGCCCCAAGCCAAUCGCAAAUAUCUGGCAAGACCUGCGAUUUGCAUAUUACCGUGCUCGCCGCACAGAACCUGCCUCUGCCAGAAGAUGAUCACAACCCUGCCAAGCUCAGACCAUAUCUCAAGGUUGAACUCCACACGGAGCCUCAUCAUACUCUUCAACUUCACCAGUCUGGAAAGGCCAAGGAGGGCGAAUACAAGGCCAAGACCAAGACGAUGAAGGGCAUUGAUCCCGAUUACAAGGGUGAAGUCCUCGAGUUCAAGCAGGUUCCAGGGGUGACACCUGAGCUCGCAUUUGUGCGCUUCUUGUUCAAAGACGACGAGAUUGGUAGAGACGAUUUGGCUGCAUGGGCAUGCAUUCGUCUUGAUAGACUGAGGAGUGGAUAUCGAUUCAUCAAGCUCAUGAACCAGCACGGCGUAGCAAGCGAAGGCGUUGUGCUGGUCAAGAUUGAAAAGAAAUUCUCAUAG